UUUCAAGUGAUUUGAACAUGAAGGAUAUUUAAAUUUCGCGUGGAAAAACGUAGUUUCAGAGUUUUCUAAAUUAUGCGUGAAUGAGCUUGUCUAAGAUCGUAAGCUCGGCAUAAAAUUGAGGGUAAAAGCGAUUUACGUGGAAUUAUUUAACAUGACGGAGAUUUGUGAAAAAUUUGCCUUGCCAGCGAGGAUUAACGUUCUCAAAUUUCAAAAUGACAAAACAGGCGAAUUGGUAGGGGUGUGCACGGAGUUUGAGAAAACCGCUAAGCCGCUUGGACCAACUGCGCACCGUGGCCUUCAACAUUCAGCAACCACCUGCUGUCCGCGCUAUCCAUCGGGAUCUACGGUCCUGGAGUGUCGUCUCGAAGGUGAUCAACCUGUGGCACAUGUUGUCCAGGUACCUGCGGAUGGGAACACAGCCACCCAGAAGAUGUGCCUGCUUCUCGAGACGAAACAGUCGCCAUCAGGCCCAUUAUCGAGAAUCAUAUCCCGGCCGAAAGGCCCCGAAGACUGCCCCGAAGAAUGUGGUAAUGGAACGUGUAAUAGCACCGCAUCACCUGGGACGACCUACUGCCUAGAAUCUCUGACGCGUCCAGGCGGAGCAACGGCACUGGCCAGCAUGGUGCCCACGGACAGUUCGAACCUGGUCACGGCGCUGGAGACCACCAAAGUUGACAAAGACGGCAAUCGUCCGUACUCGAGGAUCCUAUAUGGUCCGGCCGAGGAGAGGAUCGCGGAAGCCUCCAGCUGCGAGGCGAAUUCGCGUGAUCCGCCGGUGACCUUCAUCGAUUGCACGGCGAGCCGCAAGGGGACACUGGCUAGGGUCACCAAGUGUUUCAACGAGAUCGCGAGUCGCGAGAAGAACUACUACGAGACCAACGUGGAGGAUGGUGACCCGACGGCUGUGGGUUACCAACGUCCGUCGCAGAACGACGCGUGUCGGCGGGACGUUUUUGAAACGAGAGUGGACAAACACGGGCCAAGAACGCGUCUGAUCAAUCAUCCAACGGAUUGCGAACGUUAUUGCGGCUACAUGGAGUCUAAGGCGAGCUGCGACGGGCCGUCUGCUAGGAUAAUUCAGGCACCGGGUGAGUCUGUCUACGAGCAGAAAUACCUGGCGACUGGCCCAGCUGCUAGAGACGAUGUAAACGAACGCAGGAAUGGGCUGGAUCCCUCUGAAAACAAGAAGUCUAUUCCCGCGAAAACCAGGGUAAGCUGUCUAAGACCGACCUGUCCUCCAAAAGCUUGUGCUUCGCUAGAGAAUUCGCAAUCAGAAUCGAACUCGGUCGAUCAGGUGCAAUUGGACUAUACCGGCUCAAUUAGAUGCGAACCGAUCAAGCCCGUCACUCAGCCAGAAGCUGCCAAGGUACCGGUCGAGGAACAAUGUAAAACGAAGGAACUGGUUGACUGCGAUAGCUCGAAGCUGAAGGACCCGAAGGCGAGAAGCAAACCUGGAUACGUGCCGGCUCUCAAGGAAACCUCGGACUGCGCCAGCAACCAUGUUCCUCGGAUAGAACCGCAGGAAUUGUUGACGUGUUAUAGGGAUUACGUGCCUUCCACUCUGCUGGAGCGCUACGAAGCUUGCCGAUCGAAACGGAACGGUCUUCAGGAUCAGUGCUUCCUGCCUGUCCCACGGGCGGUGAUCGAACUGAAGAAGAACGAAGCGAUUUCGCGCAACUGCGAUCACCGAGAUCUACCGAACAAUCAGAAUGCGGACUGCCAAAGCGUGGGCACCGGUCACACCUUGGUGACACCGCCAGCCAGCAUCGCUUCCGGGUUCUUCGAGAACAUGACCGAAUUAAUGGAAAAUGUUUGUUGAACGUGUCGAACGAUUUCGUCGUGUUGUGACCUUGUAACGUUUCGUGAACGAGGAAUAAAGAAUCACGCGAUCGAAAUGAA